CACAGAGAGAGCGGGAGACUGGAGUGAGUUUACCAGAGUCUCCAGCAAAGCAGGGAGGCAGCCUGGAGAAAGCCACAUGGAGGUCUCCAGCUGCAGAGGGUGAAAAAGAGGCAUCUUCCUGCCCACGCCUGGCUGGAAAGAGGGCGAAGCCUGGCAUGGGGGGAUCCUAAGGAGGGCAGAGUAUAACAACAUCAACAAGGAGGAGGCGGAGGCAGACUAGACUGUCCAGACGUCGAAAGGAGGGAAUAGAGGAGAAGAGGCAGAAAAAUGCAGCUGACACGUUGCUGUUUCAUAUUCCUCAUCCAAGGGAGCAUCUAUCUGCUGGUCAUCUGUGGUCAAGAUGAAGCUACAGAAGAAGAGGAAGAAGACAAUGGAAAGCCACCUAAAGAACAAAGAUCCCAGGUAGAGAAGAAGAAGAACCAACUGUCCCUGAAGUCCUCGUCAAUAGCUUCAUCCAACUUACAGAACACAAGUCUACUAGAGUUGACCUCUAACAACAACCAAGAAUUUUGGGAUGUCUUAGAGAAUUUGUCUAAGCAAGGCCAAGGCCCACAGCCCUUGCGUGGCCGAAGGGACUCUGCCGCCAGCCCCAGUAGGCUUAAGAAAAUAUUUGGCUGGGGUGACUUCUACUCCAACAUCAAGACGGUCAAGCUGAAUCUCUUGAUUACAGGCAAAGUGGUUGACCACGGAAAUGGCACAGUCAAUGUCUUCUUCCGGCACAACUCCACUGGACACGGUAACAUAUCUGUCAGCCUAGUGCCCCCCAACAAAGCUGUAGAGUUUGACCUUGAGCAGCAAAUCUUCAUUGAGGCAAAAGAGUCCAAGAUCUUCAAUUGCAGGGUGGAGUAUGAGAAGGUCGACAAGGCAAAGAAGACCACCUUGUGUACGUACGACCCCUCCAAGACCUGCUUCCUGAACCACACACAGAGUCAAGUUUCCUGGGUGUGUUCCAAGCCCUUUAAGGUCAUCUGUAUCUACAUCACCUUUUACAGCAUAGACUACAGACUUGUGCAGAAAGUGUGUCCUGACUACAACUACCACAACAAUGUUCCUUAUUACCCUUCUGGGUGACAACGUACCUCUUCUGAGCUCAGAAGCAGCCCAAGUCCCAAGCACAACUUGGUUUGGGAUUUGGGAGCAGGAGAUUGAGGCCAAGGGCUGGGAGAAGGAUGAGUCAUGGCUCUCCAGUGCUAGAGAAAUCACCAAACAAGCCUAGCCUCUGCUAAAGGAAGGGAGUUUCAGAGAACACAGACCAACAGACCGUGCUUGCAAGGAGCUCUGCAAUCUAUAAAAAGAAUACCAUCAUUAACCAAAUCCACAACCUCCACACUUUCAUGUGUACACUCAGACCAAAUCAUUAAUAUGCGCAAGGCAGACAUUCGAAAUUGCACUUUCUCUCCAGUGUUGCUCUUUAACACAGGGUUCAAUCCAUUGGGGAAUUCUGCUAUGAAAGCUUCCACGUGGCUUGUGCAGAAGGGCUGAAGGAGCAGCUAGUGCCUCUAAGGCAAAGGCGGGCAACCCUGACUCACCAAAUGUUGUUAGAUUGCAACUCCCAGCAUUCUUCAAUUUUGGUUAUGCUGUCUGAGGCUGCUGGGGCUUGCAGUUCAUUGAGUCCUGCGGGGGGGGGACAAUUCUUGCUGUUAUCCUUUGAUGAAAGGCAGAUAACUCUGGCUCUCCAGAUAUUUCUGGAUUGUAAUUCUCAGAAUGCCUUGUUAUUGGCUAUGAUAGCAAGGGCUGAUGGGAGUUGUAGGACAAAGACAUCAGGAGCCCCACAGUUGAACUAUCCUUACCCAGGGUCAGAUUCCUCUAUAGUUCAUUAAACCACCCUUAAUGACACAUGAAAUCUGCUAGCUAUUGUCUUGCCCUGCUUCAUCUCCCCUCCCUUCCAACUAAGUCUCUAACUGAAAAUAGAAAAAACAGAUUGAGCCAGUGCAAGCUUUCAGUUUCCAAAUGGCCAUCCCUGGACCAUAAAUUGUGAAUGAUCACCUACCUGACAGAAAGGUGAAAACCUAAGUACUUGGCUAUAAUUGUUCCUUCUUUCCAGUCCAAUUGCCCUAUUAAGGCCUUUUUCUUGCAACUUUUUUGGCCUAGCCCCAGUUAUGGCUAGGGCCCUUUCCACUUCCAAGUGAGGUGAGGAUGACUUGAAUAGAAUACUGAUAUCAUUGAUCUGUUGUUGUUACAACAAAUAUAUCAAGUACUCAGAGCACAGCAUAGGGAGUGGCACAGGAGAGAAUGUAACCCAAAUAAAACAAUUGCACUGUCACUUAUUUUAAAACAGGGGUUGGAAAUGUGCAGCUGGCUCCCAAAGGAUAUAUUUAUGGGCCUCAACCCCUCCAUGCUCACCAGUUUACCAUCCCCAAAAUGAUGAACUGCCUCUUCUGGGAGCCUCCAGGAUCAGGAAUGUAUGUUCCAAAUAGAGUUCAGGGUUCCCUUGAACAGUGCAACAUAACAUAUAAAAGGUAAAGGUUUUCCCCUGACAUUAAGUCUAGUCGUGUCCGACUCUGGGGGGUGGUGUUCAUCUCCAUUUCUAAGCCGAAGACCUGGCGUUGUACGUAAACACCUCCAAGGUCAUGUAGCCAGCAUGACUGCACAGAGCGGUACCUAUUGAUCUGCUCACAUUUGCAUGUUUUGAACUGUUAGAUUGGCAGAAGCUGGGGCUAACAGCGGGAGCUCAACCUGCUUCCCAGAUUUGAGCUGCCAACCUUUUGGUCAGCAAACUCAGCAGCUCAGUAGUUUAACCCACUGUGCCAUCAGGGGCUCCUAACAUAACACAUACUUAUUUUUAAAACCUAGAAAUGGACUUCCAACUGCAUCUCCUUUAGGGGAGAGGAUGGCAUUUUGAGCAGUCUAUGGGGCUCUGGGAAGGUUGCAAUGGCUUUAAAUUGGCCUCUGGGGCUGCCAAAUAUGCUCACCCUGGUUUAAAGACAUCUUAGCCAAAAGCAAUUUUAAAAAUAGAUUGAACUUGCAUAAGUUAAGUCGGAUGAAGAGUUUGUGGUGGAAACAUAAUAGGUGGGCUGAGGUAAGGGAACAUGCUAUAUAUAUGUAUAUAUAUAUGAGGUUACACUUUAAAAUGUACCUGUUCCAACAUACAAACAAAUUCAGCUUAAGAAGAAACCUACAGAACCUAUCUUGUUCAUAACUUGGGAAUGUCCUAGUCUCUCUCUCUCUUCCUUCUACAUACUCCCUUUGUCCUCAGCUUACUUCAAUUGCUGGUGAGCUCAAAGGACAAAGUUUGCACUCAGUAAAUUCAACAAGGAGAAUUGGGAGCUGUCCUUUCCAGUAGGCUUAGUCAAAAGCAAACUGCUGCAGCCUCUCCUAGCCUGUGUGUUCUUCCUCAUUGCAAUCUUUACCAUCUUGACCACACUCUGGUGUUGCUUAGCCACAUCUGUCCUGGUUUUCAUCUUUGAAAUGUUGAAGGGUAUGAAGCACAUGUCACAGUAAAUACCAUGUAGAAACUCUUGCAAAUUACACAGUUAUAGCACUUUGAUACUACUUUAUUUGCUAUGGCUUAGUCCUAUGGAAUCCUGGGAUAUGUAGCAGAGAGCUCUUGUUUUCUCUCCACAUUGCAAAUCCCAAGAUUCUCAGAGUAGUAAUGAGCCCUUGAGGCCCACUUUCCCCUAGUUAUAUUCUACUUAAAAAAUAACUAUAUAUAUGCAUGCACAACCUUAACUCCUGGGCAGUCUACCAGUGUAUAUGUGUACACUCAUGUACUACUAAGAAACACACCUUUAGGAGUUAGAAUAAUGCAUCUAGAUUUCCAUCAUGUUGCCUUCCAGUUUUUACAUAAUGAGGAUUUUUUUUACAAAUACUAGGAAUAUGAAGCCAGAAGGCAAAUUCGUGGGAGAUAUGGCUAUCCGUAACUGUUAAUCUUGAUGGCUAUACAAUAUUUCCAGUUUCAGAGAAAGUAUGUUGGGAAAUACAAGCAAGUGGUACAAAUGUUGCUUGUGUCCAAUUCAGGACACCCACUUAGCUACCAUGGAGACAGAAUGCUGAACUAGAUAGUGCAUUUGUCUCCUUAUAUUUUUAUCAAUUAAGAAUAAAGCCCAACUCUUCUUAAAUUCUUCUAAAUUUGGGGAGGAUAAACCUAGGUGGACUUCUAUUUUGGAUGGGACUCAUUUCUCAGACUCCAAAUGCGUGUGUUUCUACCUAAAUAGUAGUCUGGUGUGAAUUUUUGGACAUAUUAAAACCCUCACUGGAGAAAACAACUCAGGCUGGUAGAAAUUUCAAGUUACUAUGGAUUGCUUUCCAACUUUCAUCGAUGGUGGCUUAGGGACUAGCCCUACUGAUCCUAUCACAUAGGUUAGUGCAAAUAUUACAUGUGUGCUUUCAGAUUGCUGGGUGUGGUUGCCAUCCAUGAAACCAUGGAUGCUUUGAAUCCCAAUUUUGGGAGGAAGGUAGGAUACAAAUAAAACAAUAACAAUAAUGCAUGGAAACCAGAAAUAACUUGGAUCAGGACAUUUGGUACUGUUCCAUUAUCUCGGAGGAGGCCACAAGGGGACGCUAAACCGAGAAGGAUAGUCCAUUUUAUGGGGGAAAGGGGGUUGAAGGAGAUAAACAAUUUCCCCGUUUUCUUGUUAUUUUCCCCACCCAUGUUACUGUUGUCGAAACAACCAUCAUUUAUGAUAUGGGAAAGGGGGUGAGGGAAUAACCUGAGAAAAUUGACAAAAUGAUUUUCCUCCUUCAACUCUCCCCCUCCCCCUCCCUGCCCCAAAUAAAAUGGACUAUCCUUUCCUGUCUAGGCCCACUUUUGGAGUCCGCUCAGAUAAUGGAACAGUACCAGGCAUUAGACAUAAAGCUGGAUUUAAACCUAGAUUUCAUCACUAAAUCUGAAUUGCUUGCUGUGAGCAAAUCAUUCUUAGUGUGUUCCCUAGAAAAAGCUUAUAAAAUUACUUUUACGGACUACAACACUCAGAACUUCAAAGCCAUGCUGGGAACAACGAUGCUAGAGGUUCUGGGUGAUGUAUUACACCCCCCAAAAAUGCAUCUAAACUCUGUCCCUAGCUGUGAAAUGGAAACAGGAUCUACCUCAGAGGACUGUUGUGAAGAUGAUAGUGCUGAUGACGAUGAUGUCAUGAAGAUUGUAAAGCAUUUGGUGCUAUAAAGAAAUGUUUCAUAGAGGUACUCUCCCUCCCUUUCCAAUUUUCUCUGCUUCUCUCCCCACCUCUUUCUCCCAACAAACCUUUUCCCAAGGAAUUUCCCACUCCCUCAAACCAGAUGUUUCUGUUGUCUCCAAUUGCUCCAUAUCUUCUCUCUUUCUUUCUGAUUAAAGGAUGGGCACAUCUCCUUGAUAUCAUAUAUUUAUUUUAAAUACUGUCCUUAAAAUGAAGAAUAAACCUUCCCUCUAUAUUAUAGAGGGGCAGAAAUGA